GAUAUAAAAGCUAGGCUAAGGAGCACGCAAAGUCAAACCGGCAAAAUGAAAUUCAGCAUUUUGCUCGUGGCGGCCUGUGUGGUGGCAGUCCAGUGCCGACCGAACAAACAUGGCUGUGGAGGGGGCGAAGAAAUUGGGAAACCCAAAGUCCCAUUAGGCCCCGGUCCCGUCAUAAACCCAGGUGGCCCCGUAAUCUGGCCUGGUGGAAGCUCGUCCAGUAGGUCUGAAAGUAGUAGCGACUCCAAGAGCAGAAGCAGCAGUUGGGACCGUAAUGGAUCGAGUAGUUCCAGCAGCAACAGUGGCUCCAGGAGCAGUUCGAGUAGCUCAGGAGGAAAACGUCCAGUACCAAUAAUUCCAUUAGGACCGGGUCCUGUUGUGACCCCAGGGGGACCAAUCACACCUAUCGGCGGCAGUGGAAGCUCAUCCAGUUCAAGUAGCGACAGUAACUCGAGCAGCAGCUCCAACAGUAACUCUGAGGGUAGCUCCAGCGAGAGUAACAGUGCCAGCAAUAGCCCGUCUAGUAGCAGCAGCAGCUCAGGUGGUAAACGUCCAGUACCAAUAGGUCCAUUAGGACCGGGCCCAGUUGUGAUCCCAGGUGGACCAAUCAGACCUGUUGGCGGUAGCUCGUCCAGCUCAAGUAGCGACAGCAACUCAAGCAGUAGUUCCAACAACAACUCUGAGGGUAGCUCCAGCGAGAGUAACAGUGCCAGCAAUAGCCAGUCUAGCAGCAGCAGCAGUUCAGGUGGUAAACGUCCAGUACCAAUAGGUCCAUUAGGUCCCGGUCCCGUUAUACCAAAACCAGGCGGUCCUAUAAUCAGACCAUGGCCCGGAAAAGGCAGUAGCUCAUCUAGCUCCAGUGACAGCAGCUCGAACAGCAGCUCCAACAGUAACUCUAAGGGUAGCUCCAGCGAGAGUAACAGUGCCAGCAAUAGCCAAUCUAGCAGCAGCAGCAGCUCAGGUGGAAAACGCCCAGUACCAAUAAUCCCAUUAGGACCCGGUCCUGUUAUAAUAAAUCCAGGCGGUCCUAUAAUCAGACCUCGGCCCGGAAAAGGCAGCAGCUCAUCUAGCUCCAGUGACAGCAGCUCGAAUAGCAGCUCCAACAGCGACUCUGAGGGUAGCUCCAGCGAGAGUAAUAGUGCCAGCAAUAGCCAAUCUAGUAGCAGUAGUAGCUCAGGUCCCAGAAGACCCAGACCAAAGGUUCCACUAGGCCCAGGGCCAGUAAUCAUUCCACAUCCUGGUAAACCAAAAAUUCCACUAGGACCUGGUCCAGUAAUCUUACCUAAUCGAGGUAAGGGAAGUUCAUCAAGCUCGAGCAACAGUAGUUCAAACAGUAGCUCAAACAGCGGCAGUAGCUCAGAAAACAGUAGUUCUGAUAGUAAUAGCUCCAGUAAUAGUAACAGUAGCUCAAAUAGUAGCUCAAAUAAUAGCAGCUCCAACAGUAGCAGUGACUCCAAUAGUGGAUCAAGUAGUAGCUCAAACAACAGCAAUAGCUCCAACAACAGUAGCUCCAACAGUAGCAGUGGUUCUAAUAGUGGAUCAAGUAGUAGCUCAAACAACAGCAAUAGCUCCAACAACAGUAGCUCCAACAGUAGCAGUGGAUCCAAUAGUGGAUCAAGUAGUAGCUCAAACAACAACAGCUCCAACAGUAGCAGUGGUUCCAAUAGUGGUUCUAGCAGCAGUUCAAAUAAUAACAGUAGCUCAAACAACAGCAGCUCUAAUAGUAGCAGCGGCUCCAACAGUGGCUCAAGCAGCAACUCAAACAACAGCAGUUCCAACAGUAGCAGUGGUUCCAAUAGUGGUUCUAGCAGCAGUUCAAACAAUAACAGUAGCUCAAACAACAGCAGCUCUAAUAGUAGCAGCGGCUCUAACAGUGGCUCAAGCAGCAACUCAAGCAACGGCAGUUCCAACAGUAGCAGUGGAUCUAAUAGUGGCUCAAGCAGCAACUCAAGCAACGGCAGUUCCAACAGUAGCAGUGGAUCUAAUAGUGGCUCAAGCAGCAACUCAAGCAACGGCAGUUCCAACAGUAGCAGUGGAUCUAAUAGUGGCUCAAGCAGCAGCUCAAAUGACAAUAGUUCCAACAGCAGCAGUGGUUCCAACAGUGGAUCAAGCAGUAGCUCAAACAACAACAGCUCCAACAGUAGCAGUGGUUCCAACAGUGGAUCAAGUAGUAGCUCAAACAACAACAGUUCUAACAGUAGCAGUGGUUCCAACAGUGGAUCAAGCAGUAGCUCAAACAACAGUGGUUCAAACAGUAGCAGCGGUUCUAAUAGUGGCUCAAGUAGCAGUUCAAACAACAACAGCAGCUCAAACAACAGCAGCUCCAACAGUAGCAGUGGUUCCAACAGUGGAUCAAGCAGUAGUUCAAACAAUAGUGGCUCUAAUAGUAGCAGUGGUUCGAACAGUGGAUCAAGUAGUAGCUCAAACAACAACAGCAGCUUAGACAACAGCAGCUCCAACAGUAGCAGUGGUUCCAACAGUGGAUCAAGCAGUAGCUCAAACAAUAGUGGUUCUAACAGUAGCAGUGGUUCCAACAGUGGAUCAAGCAGUAGCUCAAACAACAACAGCUCAAACAGUAGCAGCGGAUCCAACAGUGGUUCAAGCAGCAGCUCAAACAACAGCAGCUCCAACAGCAGCAGUGGCUCCAACAGUGGUUCAAGCAGCAGUUCAGAUAACAGCAGCACCAAUAGUAGCAGCGGUGCUAAUAGCGGUUCUAACAGCAGUAGUAGCUCAAACAACAGCAGCUCAAACAGUAGCAGUGGUUCUAACAGUGGCUCAAGUAGUAGCUCAAAUAACAGCAGCAGCUCAAACAACAGCAGCUCAAAUAGUAGCAGCGGUUCAAACAGUAGCUCUAGCUCAAACAAUAGUAGCUCAAAUAGCAGCAGCGGUUCAAACAGUGCUUCAAACAGCAGCAGCGGCUCAAACAGUGCCUCAAGUAGCAGCUCAAAUAACAAUAGCGCCAACAGUAGCAGCAGUUCUAACAGCGCUUCAAACAGUAGUAGCAGCUCUGAAAGCUCUAAUAGCAGCUCUAAUAUUUGUUAAAUUGCAUUAAGAAGCAUGGUUUGUUUUAUUGUUAUUAUAAAAUGUUUGGAUUGAAACUUUUUCUUUUGGAUAAAAAAUUUAUUAUUUUGUAAUUCUAUGUAUGUUUAUUGAUUAAUUAAUAAAAUUUUGGUUGUUGCAUUAUAAAA